UCAAAAGAAGAAUAAAAGUGCGUAACUUCUUCUGAGAAUCAGCGGAUUAUUUGUUUCCUAGUGUUUCAGUUACGUGUUUGACGGAACUGAUGCGAGUUAAACUCGGUUAAACUCGGUUAAACUCGGUUAAACCCGGUUAAACUCGGUUAAACCCGGGAGACUUGAAUCCUCUGAGGGAACAUUAAACAUAAUGGACAGUGGCAGCCUGGUUGGAGACUAUCUGUCUCCGGAGUCAACGGUGACGUCCUUGAUGUCCAACACAGGUUGUCUGAGGAGCAGCCUCCUGCCUCCUGAACACAACAGCAGCAUCAGAUACAGAAACAAGGACUAUGACUCGGCCUCUGCGGCACUGGACGCUUACAUCGCAGACUUUGAGAGUAGUUGUCAGAACUGCAGGUUAUCGGCAGGACAACUCGUUCUGCCUCAUAGUCCUCUGUCCACGGCGAGCAGACCCAGAGUGAGCACACUCAGAAACAAAGAUGUUCUCAGGGAGAGUUUAACUGAGAGAGAGCUGGACUUCCUGAACCUUCCCGUCAGCUCCCUUCACCACGGUGCUAACAGAGACAGACUCUCGAUGACGACAGACGAGCUGCUGUCAAUCCCUAAUGAUGGAUCGAUGCCUGUCACACACACUUCUGCCUUUAUCCAAGGCCUCUUGUCCCAGUCUGAAGCCUCACAGCUCCGCUGCUCCUCCAUUUCAGGACAUAGAAACUGUGCUGGGCUCAGUAGCAGCUUCACCAAUCCCCAACUGAACCACCACCACCCUCAACUAACCAGGAUAUCCAGGAACUCCAGGUGCAGAGGAAGAGGAGCAGCCACGUUUAAAACACAUGACAACAUAUUCCCUGCCGUACACAGAGCAGCUGCUGGUGGCUGGUUCACCAGCAGCAAGGCUGACAGGGACCACUCUGGAUCCAGCAGCAUCCCUGACCUGAACUACCCAGCAUGGAUCCAGGGCUGCAGCGAGUCUCAGCCCCAGCCGCCACCAAUCGAACCAAAGCUAUGGGACAACCACAGUUUUCCUCCACCUGCAGCUCUGAGAACCAGAGCUCCGUCCUGGGUAGCAGAGCUGGAGGACGAUGAUCCCGACCAGACACGUUCACAGGUUGGAGAUCUGAAGCUGCAGUUAGCUGAACAGAUUUCACUGCUCGCUGCAGAGAGAAAAAGCUCCGACAUCAUGGAUACUCACAUGAUGUUCAGAGACAACAGGAUCGAGUGUUUGAUCCAGAAGGCCGAUCAGGUACUGAACUCUCUGUGUCAGAGCUGUGACGGAGCAGAUAAACCUGCAGUUAUUCCAGUGAACAACGAGGAGUUGCUCAGUUCCUCCUCACGUUGUCCUUCAUUCACUCUGGACCCAGCAGCAGGGGGCGGCACAGACAACAUCUGGAAGCAGCCCGGUCCAGUGGAGGCUCUGAAACAGAUGCUGUUCAGACUGCAGGCGGUGGAAACCAAGCUCCAGCAACAAGAAGAGGAAGCGUCAGAGACUCAAACACGCCCUGACAGGCUGCAGACAGAGACUCCAGGGACGCAGACGACUGAAGCAGAGCUGGAGAGUUUUUCUGGUGGACCGUCACUACACAGAGCUCUGCAUCACCUGAGUCGUCUGAAGCUCCUGGUGGAUGAACCCAGAGAGAAAAACAGAGAGGAGAAGGAUGAAGAUGAAGGACGCUACUCUUCCUCAUCUGCUGAUGGACUCAUCUGUACGCAGCUGAAACUCUCCUGAAGCCGACGUCAGUAUUCUCACUGUCCAAAGAAUCUGGAUGAACUCUGGAUUUAUAUUUUAGAUAAAAAGGUGCCAUGCAUCCAAACACAGAACUGAGACUGAAACAGACUUAACAAACCAAUGAAAUGUGUGUUGAAGUUACGUGAAGUGUUUACGUGAAGGAAGCUGUGAAAGUUGAAAACAUUGUCUGAUCUUGGUUUUUCAUUAAAGUCUCAUUCUGUUUUUUGGGAAAUCAUCUUGUUUAUUACAGAAUCAAAAGCUCCUGGUCUUGA